AUGCGCUUCCUCCAGGCGACUUCGGACAAGCUCCUCGGCGCGGCCAUGCUCGCAGUUGCCGCCUUUGUGUUUAUCUACUACACCACCUGGGCCCUCCUCCUCCCCUUUGUCGACGAGGCGUCGGCCCUCCAGGACCUGUUCCCCGACCGCAAGUGGGCCACCCGCGGCCCGGCGCUCCUCCUCCUCGCCGGCCUGGCCGGCAUUGGCGCCUUCUUCGCCAAGGUCAGCGCCGCUGAGGCCAGGAAAAAGGCCAGCGCGGGCAAGACGGCGUAA